AUGGAAAUUAAUAUUAAUGUGGGGACAUAUGAUGGCAAACUUUUAGGUUUCUCUUUGGAUGAUUAAUUUUCAUCGAAUAAUACUCUUUACUCAUUUCCAGCCUCCACAGUACAUUUACUUUAUUAUUUGAGUCUUUAAUUAAAACAACCUAUCAGAAUGGACGCUAUUUGUUCAUCGGUGGUUCUGAGGAGUUGAUCAAGGCGUAUGAUGUUAGAAGGAGAGUUGAAGUCACCUUAUUAGAGCAGCAUAAUGGAACAAUAACUUAGAUUGCUGGCCAUACCAAUUUUCUAUUCACAGCAGCUGAAGAUGGAAAAGUAAAUUUAUGGAGAAAUAAAUAAUGGGCUAUACUUAAUACAUUCUAAUGUGGAAGUCCUGUUAUAUGCAUAGCUAUUCAUGAAUCAGGAAAGAUCUUAGCUUGUGCAACCAAAGAUCAGAAAUUGCAUCUCUAUAAUUUGAUGAAUUUAAAAAGAAUUGCUUUGAAGAAAUUUCAUUUUAGUACUUGUUUCUAAAAACCUUAGAUAUUGAUAAGAUUCAUUUCAUUUCGAAAGAAGAAGAAAUCCAAUAUUUAUUAUUUCAAUCCGACAGAAAAUGCUAUAUAGUUGAUUGUGAGACCAAUAAGGUUGCCCACACUAUUGAUUUUACAGCAUAGAUAACUGAUUCAAUUUUAAAUCAGGAUUCACUCAUUCUUUCAGGUAUUUAAUUGAUUCAUUCAAGAUGCAAAUGGAAUGGUGUACAUGAUAAAAUUGACAGUAGAUAAAGUCUUAUAAAGCAAGAUCAUAGUUAAAUUUAUGGCUCAUUAGAAAAGAAUCAAGUAGUUGUAACUUUUUGAUCUGAACGAUUAAACAUAUUUGGCAUCCAUUUCAUCUGAUGGGGACAUAAAAAUUUGGGAUUGCCUAUUAUAUGCAAAUGAAUAAUUUGAUGAUAUAGAUCUCAAGAAUAAAUUAAAACCCAUUUAUGUGAUUAGAACAAAUUAGAGAUUGACUUGCUUUUGUGUAAGCGUAGUGUAGAGGAGACAAGCAGAUCAAGAAUAAGAAUAGACUUAAGUUGAGAAACCUAGUAGAGUUCCUAUUGCCAAAUUAAUCAAAAAGCAGCUGGUUAAUAAGAAACCUAAACAAUUCGAUAAGAAUGUGAGAGUGUAAAAUGUUUAAAAAAAGAUUUAAAAGAAAAAGCCCUAGCUUUGA